AUGGGAGAUUUCAUGCCUAUUCUAAAAUGGGUUGGAUUCAAUGGGAUUGAAAAGAAGUUGGCGGUAUUACAGGAAAAAAGAAACCAGUUCAUGCAAGAUUUGAUUGAAGAGCAUAGAAGAAUGAGGAGUAAUUCUUCUUCUGAGAAGGAAACCAAGACAAUGAUCGAUGUUCUCCUGUCAUUCCAAGAAAGUGAACCUGAAUACUGUAAAGAUGAAAUCAACAAAGGCAUGAUGCUGAGCCAAUCAGUAGUCUUCUUCCACUCAGAUACAUCUCCAUUUUUAUUCAUAUGUCAAAUGGAGCCAUCCAACAAGCUCAUAAGUUCUCAGGCCUGUUUCUACAUGCCUAGACUUCCCAACUGCAGCGUCUCAUCCACUUGA